AACCAGACUUUCCCAUCAAUUUCAAUUUCACAAUAACUGACAUGUGAAGCAACCAAUUUUGUGAUAUAUCGAAAAAUUUCUUUUAUUUUGCAUAAAAAUCAUCAUCGUUUUUUUUUUGAAUCUUAUUUGUUAACACAUCAAAAUGCCUGCACCAUUAGCAACUGCUGCGCCACCAUCCAUUUCACGAAAUGAAAUGCGACCCGUUAAAUAUCACUAUGCGGACACAUUUUGGUGUACGUACAUCAUAUCAGUUGUUUCGGCCAAUAUCGCUGAAUUGGCAACAUAUCCACUUGACUUAACAAAAACGCGUCUACAGAUACAGGGAGAAGGAAGUAAAUUGAAUGGAAAUGGGUUAGCCGCAGCAAAAAAGAUUCAAUACAGAGGAAUGGUUGCCACUGCUUGUGGCAUCGUUCGCGAGGAAGGUGCAACGAAAUUAUGGCAAGGCGUAACGCCUGCACUCUAUCGCCAUGUUGUCUAUAGUGGUGUUCGUAUUGCCAUUUAUGAUCGAAUGAGAAAGAACUUGGAUGUGUCCGAAGAUCAUUCGGGACUGCCAUUGUGGGAGGCAGCACUGUGCGGUAUUACAGCGGGUGGUAUUGCUCAAUGGAUGGCCUCGCCUGCUGACUUAGUCAAAGUUCAUGUGCAAAUGGAGGGCAGACGACGUUUAAUGGGUCUGAAGCCUCGUGUUCACGGUGCAUCAGAUGCGCUAAAACAGAUUCUACACCGAGGCGGUGUAAAAGCAUUAUGGAAAGGUAGCAUACCAAAUGUGUAUCGAGCGGCGCUUGUCAAUUUAGGAGACUUAACCACGUACGAUUUUGCUAAGCGAAAUAUUAUGAAUAAGACAAAGUUACCAGACUGCCAUACUGUACACAUAAUGGCAUCAAUAAUGGCUGGUUUAGUUGCGGCAACCAUGGGCACACCGGCUGAUGUCGUCAAAACACGAAUUAUGAAUCAACCAACCGAUGAGAUGGGACGGGGUCUCUUGUAUAAAAACUCAUUAGAUUGCUUUAGACAAACAGUUAGUAAAGAGGGAUUUUUCGCAUUGUACAAAGGUUUUCUUCCAGUGUGGAUUAGAAUGGCACCGUGGUCACUCACCUUCUGGCUAUCGUUCGAAACAAUACGAAAACAACUCGGUGCAAAUGGAUAUUAAGUAUCAAGUUACAGUUUUGUUCGAGAAUUAUGUUCGCUUGAAAAAUAUUAACGCACAAACUAUGUGCAAAGCACGAAGCAAUUACAAUAAUGCAUAAAUGGCUAAUAUUAACUGAAGCACACUAUGGUAAUAGUGAAAUAACCGAUGGAUUGAACGCAAUUUUCUGACGUAACUAAUUAAAAUACUUGGUAGUACAAUAUUUGUAUAUAUGGGAGCUUCAUAAACAUUGUAUAUAUAAGAAUAAUAUCCCAUAAAUAUGAGUGAAUUAUUAUUUUUUAUAACAGAAAAAUCAAAUAAAAAGCAAAUGCAAUUUUGGAAUACA